AAGCUUGGCCCUGUUGCAACUUGAUCUCUGUUUCAUCGAUCGCUUGCUCCAUACUGGCUGAAAGCGUGCAUUCGCAGCAUCCGUGGGCGUACACAACCGCAUUACGAAAAUCUAGCUGUACAUCGACAUUCUCGAACCUCAGCAAGGCAACGCGCAGUCACUUCAUCCAUCAUGUCUUCUGAAAAAGGUGACAACUCUCAGCUUAGCACAGAACCACAGACCUGCUCCGACCCAUCCACUGCACCGUCCGAAUCCACAGUGCAAGGAAUGAGCAGCACACCGGACACCUCCAGAGAUGUCGGAAACGGCAGCCUCUCGCCGAAGAAUGCCAGCACACCACCCAGGUCAAGUAAGGAUGAUGCUGCUGCUGCAAACAACGGCAAUCCACCAUCUUCAGACCCAAAUGCCUCGCUAAGCCUGCGCGCCCUGGUCAGCACCAAGGAGGCAGGAGUCAUCAUUGGCAAAGGUGGCAGCAAUGUCGCGGAGCUGAGAGAUAAGACGGGCGUCAAGGCAGGCGUUAGCAAGGUCGUUCCUGGAGUACAUGAUCGUGUGCUCAGCGUGAACGGUACGAUUGAAGGUGUCGCAAAGGCAUAUUCGCUCAUCGCUCAGACCAUCCUCGACAAUCCGGUCAGCUCGGACCCUUCAACUUCAGCCGGCGCAGCUGCAGGAUCCACCGCUAUCCGACUGUUGAUCUCGCAUGCGCUCAUGGGCACAGUCAUCGGCAAAGCGGGUCUGACCAUCAAGCACAUUCAGGAUGUCUCUGGUGCACGCAUGGUGGCCUCAAAAGAGAUGUUGCCGAGCUCGACUGAGCGAAUCGUGGAGGUACAGGGCACACCGGCUGCGAUCAAGACUGCUGUUGCGGAAAUCUCCAAAUGCUUGCUGGACGACUGGGAGCGAGGUCAGGGCACGGUGCUUUAUCACCCUGAACAAGCAGAGGGCGCAGGUGUGCUUGCAGCUACUGGCGCUGGAGGACUGCAGCAGCAAGUCCCGUACGGCGCUCGCGGUGUGGGUCCGAGAAGGACUAGCGGGCCAGCAUACCUUGCGCAAGGCAUGGCCGGCCUUUCGCUCGCGCCUGGAGCGCCUUCCAUGACAAUGGGACGUGGUCCACGUGGAGGCGCUGGCGGAAUGACUCAUCCAGGCGGUCCUGUCCCUGCACCAUUGCCCGGUAUGGCUGCUCGAGCACCGCCAGUAGUCCCUCCAGCGCCAAUCAGGAACGGUGCCGCGACUGCCGCAGUGCCUACCACAAGUGGUGGUGUCGACCUACUCGCAAACCCGUCGACAGCGCCUUUCGCAGCGCACAUUGCUUCUCUGCAGCAUCAAUCCGUUUUCGCUUCCACCGGCAUUCCUGCUUGCUCUGCCACUCGCCCAUCUGCAAUCGCUGAUGCUGCUGCGCAGGGCGCAGCUGUCGCGCCCGGCGGUGGCCUUGUCGCGGGCGGCAUGACGGGCGCCGGACCAGCUACUGCUCCUGCCGUCGUGGACGCAGCGAACAUGCGCACGCAAAAUAUUAGCAUCCCGAGCGACAUGGUCGGCUGCAUCAUCGGCAAAGGCGGUAGCAAGAUCACUGAGAUCAGGAGGCUUAGCGGCAGCCGUAUCAGCAUCGCCAAGGUCGCGCAUGAUGAGACCGGAGAGAGGAUGUUUACUAUCCAGGGAACGCCUGAGUCGAAUGAGAAAGCAUUGUUUUUGCUGUACAACCAGCUUGAGACCGAGAAGGAACGGCGAACAGCGUCAGGCGCGACGAUCGAUACCGCCGGUGUUGCCUGAUGCAGAAACAUGCGCAAUGUGCAACAGGCGGACAAUUGGAAUUACCACUCGCGUCACUGAAAGCGCAACGUUACCCAUGCGACCCCGCCGAUCAUUCUUUCUUUGCGAAUCUCCAACCUUCAAAUUGACCAAUGCUUACAAAGUCCUCACCCACAUUAAUGCCU